AUGGUCGAGGAAGCAAGACAGAGGCAAGGGGGUACCGGCAUGGGGGUACCGGCAAGGGGGUACCGACAAGAGGGUACCGGCAAGGAGGUACCGGCAAGGGGGUGCCGGCAAAAGGGUGCCGGCAAGGGGGUACCGGCAAGGGGGUACCGGCAAGGGGGUGCCGGCAAGGGGGUACCGGCAAGGGGGUACCGACAAGAGGGUGCCGGCAAGGGGGUACCGACAAGGGGGUACCGGCAAGAGGGUACCGACAAGAGGGUGCCGGCAAGGGGGUGCCGGCAAGAGGGUGCCGGCAAGAGGGUGCCGGCAAGGGGGUACCGAGAAGAGGGUACCGGCAAGGGGGUGCCGGCAAGAGGGUGCCGGCAAGGGGGUGCCGAAAACUCUUCCUUUGCUUCAGCGUUUAAUCUCACCGGCAUGCGUCUAUCAGCCUCAUCAGCACAGUCGGGAAUGGCGGACACCGAAAGCAAUGCGUCGUUGUCGACUGGACGUUCUGACUGUGGCAGUCUUCCCUCAUGCCCGUUCCCCGCUGUUCGAGAUUGA